GCCAACGUCAAGCCUACAACAAGUGAAUGCUAAAACGUCUUGGAAAAACAAUUAUAGACCAACUUUCAGAUUGGUGUGAACUUAAAUUUGCCGCGUGGAGUAUUCGACCAUCCACGGCCCAAGUGUGAUUCAUCGGGGGUGCACGCCAGCCUGACCGUAUACCGUCGUACGCGGCGCGGGCACGGCCGCCAUGAGUCAGACCAAUUCACAUAACACGUCAAGUUCGUUGAGCUCUGCGGGCACCGUGUCGAGCAUGGAGACGCUACCGACUCAAGACGUUGUUGACGGCUUCUUUGAUGAGCACGAGGAGGCCGAUGAGAACCCGGAGAUUGUGUGGGGCCGUCUGUUGCCUGUGGGCAAAACUUUUGUUGCAGUGGAUCUAAAGGAGACAAAAGAACAAAGCAAGGAUGAGUACAUCUUUGGACGAGACUCGUUGUGUGACGUCACCUACACCACUCAACAGAUGUGUAAUAAUCCAUGUUAUCAAGCCAUCAGCAAGAGGCACUUCAGGAUAUACAAGGAGAAGAAAAACAACAGCGUCUUCGUUUUCAUUGAGGACUUUAGCUCCAAUGGAACCUUCUUGAACGGGGAGAAGAUUGGUAAAGGAAACAAGUCUGUCAUGAAGAACAACGAUGAAAUAGCACUGUCCAUGCCCAAAAAUAAAGCAUAUGUUUUCAUGGACAGUAACGAAACAGAACAGGAAGAUCUACCCGCUGCCAUUAGGAAUAAAUACAUCUUGUCUAAAGUACUGGGAAGGGGGGCGUGUGGGCUUGUUAGGUUGGCCUUCAGGAAAGGAAAUUGCGAAAAGUUUGCGAUUAAAAUCAUCGAGAAGAAGACUUUCUCCAUCGGCGGCUCAGUUCUAAGUAAUAUGGAGAAGACAGUCAUGGAAGAAGUCAACAUUUUAAAGUCGUUAGAUCAUCCUUGCAUCAUAGCAAUUGAGGAUGUGUGUCACACUGAUGAUAAACUCUACAUCAUUUUGGAACUAGUUGAAGGUGGUGAGCUGUUCGACAGGGUGAUCUCAGUGAAAAAGUUUGAUGAAUUGACUGCAAGGGUUCUCUUCUACCAGAUGCUUUUGGCAACAAAAUAUCUCCAUGACAACGGAAUCACUCACAGGGACUUAAAACCAGAAAACAUCCUCCUCACCAACGAUGAAAACCAAACCCUUAUAAAAGUGACAGACUUUGGCUUGUCCAAGUUCCUUGGUGAGAAAUCCUUAAUGCAGACGCUAUGCGGCACCCCGACCUAUCUAGCCCCUGAAGUCCUGACAAAGGCUGGUAAGACAGGCUACGGGAAGAGUGUGGACUGCUGGAGUCUAGGAGUUAUUUUAUUUAUUUGCCUUGGUGGGUAUCCACCAUUCACAGAGGAAGUGACCGUGAUGCCGUUAGACGAGCAGAUCAAGAGAGGGUACUACAGUUUCCCCGGUAAAUUCUGGAAAGGUGUCUCAGAAAAAGCCAUGGACUUAAUUAAGAAACUGCUUACAGUUGACACAAGAAGACGAUAUACAGUGAACCAAGCCCUCAAGCAUCCUUGGCUACAAGACGACAAAAUGAAAGCCAUUGUUGACAACCUUAUGAACCCACCGUCAAAAAAGAUGCCACCACCUCCAGCAGGGGGAAUAUCCAAGAAACGCAACUUUGACAAAACUUCUGAAGAUCUGAACGGAGACUACUCAAACAGUAGCAACGGCACAUGCAAAACACCCAGGCUUUCUGACAGCAGUGACGAGGUCACCAAAAGCUCCUCGGAUGUCUCUCUGAACUGACCAUAAUAUCCAAACUGUGCGUAACCCACUGAGGGCGCCCUUCAUACAGACAGCUGCUAAGAGUUAAAAGGAAUAGCAUAAUCUUAAUUGCGAGUUCAUUUCACUAUGUUCCUGAAAUGACCAUAAUAAUAUUCUAGCCUAAACAUCUGAUGUCACACUUCGAGCCUCGUGGAUUACACCAGAGAUCUGCUGUUGAGCCUACGUACACAAUCACCUUUGACCUCCCAUCAUUUUAAAUGGCCUUCAUCAUGGUUCUGGAGAUUCAUAGUUAAAUCCAGCAUACAUGUGUUUACAUAAACCAGUACCAGUCCUUCUGUGGAUAAAGACAGGAGACCUGUCUAAUAUUCAGGCAGCUGCGAUAAAUUUAAAGGAAUAUCAUUUUUAAUUGCGGUUCAUGCCAUUCAGGAUCCUGAAUAUGCAGGGAACGAUUUCAUCCAUUAAAUUUGUGUAGCAAAAUAUUUCGACUCAACAUUUUUUGUGGACACCGACACUUAAUGCUAAUAUCGAGUAGCUACCUGGACACUCUGUGUGAGAUUUUUUUCUGCUAUACAAGGGAAAUCGUUCGCUGUGUUGAAUUUGAAACUAUGGGGUUUUCGUGCAAGCCCCAUCAUAAAUAAUUACACUCCUUAAGAGAAGCAGUGCUUUUUGACGCUGGCUAAACAGUCAGAUUUGUACAUUGGCCAUGGCAAACAUACCACUAAAAGUCCUGGAUCCAUGGAACCGAGUAUUCUGCUGUUGAGAGGGAAGUGAGAAUGAAACUGCAUGCUAGAGCCAGAGGAAGUGAGACACACGGAAUGAAAGACAAUGAAACCAAAGAUUCAAAUAAAAUGGUGGCCAAUUCUGAGGAUGUCGGAGACUGGAAAUGUGCACAUGUACGUGCCGUGCAUGACUCUCGGCCAAAGAUAGGUUUUCGUUGAAGUCAGUGAGAGAUGGCCUUUUUUUUUUUUUACUAAAAAGAGGUUUGUGGUCACACCUUGUAAAUUGUGAAUAUCUCUUUGUGAGUAAUGUUGGUCCUGCAAACCUGUUUUAUUCAAACUUCCACCAAACAAGUUUUAAAUCCUGUUUUUGUGAGUUUUUUUCUUGGGGGGGGGGGGUUUGUGAUGUCAAUAUGCAAGGGGUCAAUUAGAUUUCAACUCUACUUUUGCCUGCCCAUUCAAUAUCACCCACUGUGGUUUUGAAUGGUCGAUAACCUGUGCUGAUCUUCAAUGGGGUAUCAUGUGGUGAACGUAUCUAUGCAGUACUUGGUCAACCCUCCUACUGUCUGAUCAUUCAAUGUCACCCACUGAGGUUUUGAGAGGUCCAUAAACUAUACCAGCCUGCAAUUGGUAAUCAUUUUGUAAAUGCAUCUAUACAGUGCAUGUAAAUGAAGCUAAAUGAAUUGACUUUGUUUUGGAUAAGGAUAUAAAUUUGUAUCCCAACAAAUUUGAAUCUGAAGUGUUUCUGUCUGAUACAUUUCACAGAUUGUGCUUCCUGCGAAAUCUGAAAAAGCGACCAACUUUUGAAAUGAAAUUUUCACCAGUCAGUUUUAUUAUAUCCACAUUUUUAUAGGAUUAACACAUAGGAAAAGUUAAAAAAUCAAAGGUACACUUUGCUUUUAAUUAAAGUAGUAUUUAUGAUUCUAUAGAUGGAUUGCAGUACGCAUCAUCGACUGCCAUCUUUGAUGUAUUAACAUGGGAAAGGUGCACGCGCAGCGGGCACACUUGUCCCUUAUUAAUACAUCAAAGAUGACGCAUUGCAAUCCAUCUAUAACAAAGAACAAACUAUCAUCAUGUAAUAGUUUUUAGCUUAAAUUCCUGUCUUGCACAACUCAGAAUUUGUGUUGGAAAAAUUUGUUCAAUUGUUUUGUGAAAAAAAAACCCCUAUUUUUAAGAAUAAUUUUCAUCGGAAGGACAUCAGCAUUUUUCCAACAAUAAUAGUAUCUGUAAAACAUUUUGAAAGAACUUUAUAAGUGUAUUUUUAAAAAGAACUACGUUUCCAGUAUUUUGUAUUCAAGAAUUUUACCUAAAGAUUACAUCUUGCUGUAUGUGGCAUAUUUCUUAGGGCUAAAGGGGGAGGGGGGGGGGGGUUCAAAGAAUUUACUUUUUAAUACAGUGUACAAAUAUAAUAAUUGUGCCAUUGCAGACCACAUGUCACAAACACCACCGUGUACGAAACAAGGCGUUCUGAAUUGCCACAAGUACAAAUACCUGUACCUUCAAAAUCAAAUUAAUUGCUGGAACGAAUGUAAACAAUGUGGGGAAAAAAUGUGAAUACUUAUUUUUUGUAUAUAAUAAUUUUAGGUGAUAUGGUCCCGUUGUGACCAGGUAGCUCAACAAAAAAAAGCCAAAUAAACUUGUACCUACAUAGAAAACAAACUGGUUGAUAUUUCGGUGUUUUAAUUAAUUUAGACCUCACUUAUUUCAAAAAGUUUGUAAUAACUUUGAUGACGGCACCAAGUACACAAUAUCAAAGGAACACGUUGCCUUGGAUCGGACGAGUUGGUCUAUGAAAAGCG